AUAUAAAACGCGCGAGCGGUUUGCAGCGCUCUCUGAGCCUCUUUGCUGGGGCGCGCUGCGUUUGUCUCGGCGGCAGAGGAGGGAAAGUGCAGUUCCCGACAGGAUCGACAGGGCGGCGGAUCAUGGCACCUAUUGGAGGGACCCCGAAAAACAAGAAGGGUAUUCUUGAACGUCUAGAUGCUGGAGAAAUUGUGAUUGGUGAUGGAGGAUUUGUCAUUGCUCUCGAAAAGAGGGGAUAUGUAAAAGCUGGACCUUGGACUCCAGAAGCUGCACUAGAACACCCAGAAGCAGUUCGUCAGCUGCAUCGAGAAUUCCUCAGGGCUGGAUCAAAUGUUUUACAGACAUUCACCUUUUAUGCCAGUGAUGACAAAUUAGAAAACAGGGGGAACUAUGUAGCUGAUAAACAUUCUGGCAAGAAAGUAAACGAAGCAGCCUGUGACAUUGCGAAAGAAGUGGCUCAAGAAGGGGAUGCUUUGGUGGCUGGAGGCGUCAGCCAAACCCCUUCAUACUUGAGUAGCAAGAGUGAAGCUGAAGUUAAAUCAAUCUUUCGAAAGCAGCUAGAAGUUUUUACCAAAAAGAAUGUGGACUUCUUAAUUGCAGAGUAUUUUGAACAUGUUGAAGAAGCUGUGUGGGCAGUUGAAACCUUAAAGGAAGCUGGCGUGCCAGUUGCAGCAACUCUUUGUAUUGGUCCAGAAGGAGAUAUGCAUGGCAUAUUACCUGGAGAAUGUGCUGUCAAACUUGUAAAUGCUGGUGCUUCUAUUGUUGGAGUAAACUGCCAUUUUGAUCCAGCUACUUCCCUCAAGACUCUGAAACUCAUGAAGGAGGGCUUGGCAGCUGCUAAACUAAAAGCACACCUGAUGUCACAGCCGCUUGCUUUUCAUACUCCGGACUGUGGGAAGCAGGGGUUCAUUGAUCUACCAGAAUUUCCUUUUGCUUUGGAGCCAAGAAUUCUAUCCAGAUGGGAUGUUCACAAAUAUGCAAGAGAGGCCUAUAAUUUGGGGGUUCGAUAUAUUGGAGGGUGCUGUGGGUUUGAACCAUAUCACAUCAGAGCAAUUGCAGAGGAGCUGGCCCCUGAAAGAGGAUUUUUACCACAAGCCUCUGAAAAACAUGGCAGCUGGGGGAGCGAAUUGAGCAUGCAUACCAAACCAUGGGUCAGAGCAAGGGCUAGGAAGGAGUACUGGGAGAAUCUAUUGCCUGCUUCAGGAAGACCAUAUUGCCCCUCGCUGUCAAAGCCAGAUGCCUGGGGGGUGACCAAAGGGGAUGCUGAGUUGAUACAGCAGAAAGAAGCAACAUCUGAACAACAGCAGAAAGAACUCUUCAAAAGACAGAAAUUCAAACCCAGCACUGUAGCAUAGAUUAUUAGCAAUUUUGUCUAUGCAAAAACAAGCAUGACACUGUAUAAUUGACAACUCAAUGGAAAGAUCAGACAGAAUUUAUUAGUUGGAAGUAUAAUAAAUCUCAAAACACUUUUUAAAAAUGAAAAUGCACCUGUGCUAUAUGCUGCACUUUUAUUGAAUACUCCAACUUAUUUGCAGUACACACAAUUCAGAGCAUGUUCAUCCUCUAAUCCUAUUGAAAUAAUAGGGAUUUAAUGCUUACAUGUAAAAUAGUCCAAUCCUAAGCAACUUUUCUCAAAAUUAAGACUCACUGCAUUUAACAGAAUUUCCUUCCUAGUAAAUGUGCUUAGGAUUUCACCAAAUAACUUGUGUUAAUUGGAACUUUAUAUGGAUUGUGCCCAUUAUCUUAGAUGGAGAAGUUUUAUCUAAUGUCCUCCCCCCCCAUAAGCACAGCACUCUUUAUGAAAGCUAAAACAGAUGAAUACUUAUUUUGGAAAAAUAUAUUUUUCUCAGGAUAGGAAUAGUUUAAAUCACUGCAAUUUAUAUAAUUUUUAAAAAUAAAAUACUUCUGAUAAACAGCAGACUAUUUUCAAAAUAUUUGUUGGUUUUAUUCUCCCAGGCUUGAGAUGGCAUUGCGAUCUCUAAAUGCAUAUUACAGGAGAUCAAAUUAAGCUAAAAUUUAUUCAGCAUUCAAAAAAAAUGUUUAUUAAAAAGGGUUAUUUAUAGUUCCAAUCAGAAACAGGAAAAUGAAAAGAAGAUACAAGAAUAUAAAACUCUUUUCUCCAUGUGAAAUCCAAACAUGUAACUUCUAGAAAUGCAUGAAAUCCACUUGGCUUUUCCAUUACAAAUUAGCAAGAAGUCUUAUAUAUAGAUCAUGACUGAAGUUUCCUCCUGAGCUGCUGAGCUUUCCAGACUGUGGGUGGUAUCCAAAAGUGAUGGUACUGAAAGAAUCCACCAGUGGAAUGGGGAGGAGGCCAUUUCAAUGACCCCUAAAUUCCAUGCCCUCUCUAUAUCUGCCUCAAGGGUUUGGGGGGGUCCCCUCAGAGCAGAUUUAUGCCCCUCAAUAUACUAUGGGUUUUGUGAGGUGCUAUGCAGGAAGGGGAAAUGGACAAAAGAAAUCCCUCCCUGUUUUGUUGACCAAUUCCUUCCGUCAAUAGAUAGUUGCCACUGGGUACCACUCUAAAACUAUGCAGAUAUUUAGGUCCACUUCACAAUGAAGCAUCUGUGGAAGCUGAUCACAAUGCCUUUCACCACUCGGCAUGAUUGAUCCAUUCCAAUAUACUGCGCUAGUGCUCCUGAUCAAGUAGUUGAAAUAAUCUUAUAUCUAAUCUCGUAUGAGGGCUUUGGUACCCGCUUUUAAAAAGAGAAAUCUCCAUUGCUCACUGAAACUAAGGUCACAUGUUAAAACCUUAAGGACUGAAAAUCUUCAGGGCCGGCCAGAGACAUUUUGGCACCUGAGGCAAACCACAAAAUGGCGCCACCCUCCCUGCCAGGGAAAAAGGGGUGAGUGAAGAUAUACAUCAGGAACAAGGGGGGAAAUAAAUAUCUACAUUGGAAUCUGCUGCCCCCUGUGGUUCCUGCCACUUAAGGUGCUUGCCUCAACUUGCCUGAUGUAGCUAAAUACCGGUAGAUGACUAAUAUCUGCUAUAUACUGAGGGGAUUGGCCUAUAUGUGACAUCAUUCAGUUCUUUUAUAUCUAAGAGCAAUGUUCUGUAUUAAUACCAAUAAAGAUUUACAAAUUA